AUGUCUCUGCAAGCCAUCAAAUUCGACAGAAGCAGGCCCGAUGCCGUUGAUGUGAAGGUUCUGGAUCAACUACUGCUUCCCUACACUACCAAGUAUAUUCCUAUCCGCACUAUCGAUGAUGGUUAUUCCGUGAUAAAGACUAUGCAGGUCAGAGGCGCACCGGCGAUCGCCAUUGUGGGAACCCUGUCUGUUUUGACCGAGGUGCAGCUCCUGCAGUUGGAGAGUUUCGCUCGGAAUCAAUGGUUCUAUGAUCUGAGUAAUUGGGAAGCCGUGCGUUGUAAGCUUCUGGAGCGGAUCACAUUCCUCUUGAGUAGCAGACCAACUGCCGUCAACCUUUACAACUCCGUUAAAGAUAUUCGUCAGAUCGUCAGCCGUUCGCCAGAUAUCAAGGUGCUAGGCCGUGAACUGUUCAGGUACAGCUGCCAGCUCAUCGACCAAGAUCUGGCAAAUAACAUGAAGAUGGGCGAUAAUGGAGCUUCUUUUUUAUUAGAAGGUCUGCAAAAGGACGGCUUUGAAGAAGAUUUUGCAGUGCUGACCAUCUGUAACACUGGCUCGCUAGCCACCUCGGGCUACGGAACUGCCCUGGGUGUCAUUCGCUCUCUGUGGGAGAAAUCUCAACAAGCCUCGCCAUCCAGUAGUGCCAAUAAAAAAGCCAGGGUGUCACCACGCACUCCCAGAUUGAAGCACGUAUUCCCACUGGAGACUAGGCCAUAUAACCAGGGCUCACGGUUGACUGCGUACGAACUUGUCCACGAUAAAAUUCCCACCACUUUGAUCACGGACAGCUCCAUUGCGUACAGAAUCAAGACAAGUCCAUUGCCCGUCAAGGCGGCAUUUGUGGGUGCCGAUAGGAUCGUUCGCAAUGGCGAUACUGCCAACAAGAUUGGUACCUAUCAGCUGGCCAUCGUCUGCAAACAGUUCGGCGUCAAGUUCUUCGUGGUGGCUCCCAAGACUACUAUCGAUAAUGUGACUGAAACCGGCGAUGGCAUAAUCGUAGAGCAAAGAAAACCCAAUGAAUUCAGGCUCGUCACGGGUACUGCAAUUGAUGGAAACAGCGAGCAGCCUAUUCUAUCUGCGACGUCUGAACCGCAAUCUGCCAAGGUUGGAAUAGCACCACCAAAUGUCGAUGUUUGGAAUCCUGCCUUCGAUGUCACCCCACAUGAGCUCAUCGACGGCAUUGUUACUGAGGAAGGAGUUUUUACCAAGGGCAACGAUGGAAAAUUCCAUCUGGACCAGUUAUUUUGA